GGAGCCCACGGUUCACCAUGAUGGCGGCGUUCAGCAGAAACGUGAGCCACUGGGGAGCUGCCCUGAUCCCGGGAAGGCGGCACGUUCGGGUGCUGAGGAGGAGGCCGCUAGAGAUCCUGUACCCCCGGAGUGAGGGAGCAGCUGCUGCUGCGGCCGGAGGGGACCGGGUUGGCCCGGUGACCGGGGCGGAGCGCCGUCCCCCUGCCGCUCAGCAGCGCUGGCCGGCGUCUGGCAGCCCCGGCUCGGCUCCGGCCCCGGCCCCGGCCCCGGCCCCGAGCCCUCGGCCAGCGCCGCCCUGCAGCUCCGCUUCACUGGACGGGCUCUCGUACGAGAGGGCGCUUCCCGGCGACAAGCGACUGGCGAAAGUCGUGACUAUUGUGAAGUCCAAGAAAUUCCGUGACCAGCACAGGAAAAUCCUGGUGGAGGGCCGGCGGCUGAUAACCGAUGCCUUGGGAGCUGGAGCAUUGCUGCAGACUGUCUUCUUCAGUACCGUGGACAGCCUGAAGGAGUUACCUCUGGAGAAACUGAAACAUGUUAAGUUAAUCAAAGUCAAGUUUGAAGAGAUCAAGAUGUGGUCUGAUCUUGUAACUCCCCAGGGAGUGAUGGGGAUUUUUGUCAGACCGGACCAUCCCAAGAUGAAAUAUCCAUCAGUUCAGCAGGAACACUCCAUACCCCUCUUCCUCAUCGGUGACAACAUCCGAGAUCCUGGAAACCUGGGGACAAUAUUACGAUCUGCAGUGGCUGCUGGAUGCAGCAAAGUAUUGUUGACGAAAGGCUGUGUGGAUGCCUGGGAACCCAAAGUACUUCGGGCUGGCAUGGGCGCUCAUUUCCGCGUCCCUGUUAUCUCCAAUCUAGAGUGGGACGUGGUCCCUAACUACCUGACUACCAGUACUCGUGUCCACGUGGCAGACCAUUCCUACUGGAGUGCUGAAAAUUCUGGGGUGCCUCCUGAAUCUCAUGCAGCAAGUGACCAGCGCUGGGCCUCCUCGCGCACGAGGCAGAUUGAAGACCAGGAGAGUGACAGCGAGGACAGAGGAAGUGAGUUUCCACUCCCGUUGCCUGAAGUGGAAGCUCAGUGUUACUACCACACCUGGGCGCAGGAGCAGACGGCUGUCGUGAUCGGUGGCGAGACGCACGGGCUCAGCCUAGAAGCACUCUUGUUGGCCAAGAAGACACAAGGCCAGCGAUUGUAUAUCCCCAUGGUUCCUGGUGUGGACAGCCUCAACUCAGCCAUGGCAGCGAGUAUUUUAUUGUUCGAGGGCAGGAGACAGCUCUUGUCCAAGGUAGCGAAUGUCAACAGGACUAAGAGAACCUAGCAGUAGUGUUACUUGAAUAUGGGUAUGUGCUCUGUAAUCCUGGGUUCAGCUUUCAGCUGCUCACCAUUGUAAUGAUCAUUGGGAGUUUUGAAACUUUCACUAUUAGAAAUGAUACUUGCUGGUCUACACAAGGCUGGGUUUUAAUCUAUGUCACUAGACUUCAAGUUCAAUCAUUGCACAAGAAUAAUUUUGAAAUGUUUGAGAGACUUGAUACAACGGUAUGCUAAUGAAGCCAUAUCUGUUUGGCUUGCCUAGUG